AUGGCGAAAAAGGGCUAUUACGCCGUGGCUGCCGGCCGUUCUAAAGGUGUUUGCGACAAUUGGGGUGCCUGUGAGUCUCAAGUGAAAGGGUACUCAGGAGCAGAUUUCCGGAAAUUCUCCUCCAAACUGAAAGCAAACGCGUAUGCUAACUCCCUGAGGGGCUCUAGUUCUGGUGGCUGCUUCUAUGCUGCUUCCUCAGGGCGUCUGAAGCGGUCUGCGAAGUCAAAUAACGUUUAUACUGAUGGUGCUUGUCGGGGGAAUGGUUUAACGAAGUCCGCCGCCAGUGGCUAUGGUGUUUACUACGGUGAGAACGAUUCCCGUAACGUAUCAAAGCCCCUCUCUGCGGUUGACAAGUCUGGUAAUUACACCAGCAGUCGAGCCGAACUCCAUGCCGUGAAGCAUGCGUUGGACACUGAAGCCAAGUCUUUGAGGAAUGGAAGCUCGAAGGGACCACUCAAGAUUCACUCUGACUCGCUGUAUUCAAUCGGCAGCAUGACGACCUGGCGGGAGAAUUGGAAGAGUAAUGGUUGGCAGACGUCUGCCGGCGAGCAGAUCAAGAACCGGGACUUAAUUGAACCGAUGUCGCGCCAGUUGGACUCCAUCAAUCAGUCUUACCGUGAUAAAGGGUGGGAGGCAGCUCUGUUUUCGAAAGUCCAGGGCCAUCUGGACAAUGUCGGCAACAAUCGGGCUGAUCAGUUGGCAAACCAGGGCGCUGACAGAAUGACUUGA